CCCUAACAACCCCUCGUGUUCCUAGGGAGGCCAAAUGAGAGCGAGUGAGAGACAGGGAAAGGGAGAGAGAGAAAGUGUGAGAGCGAGAGAGAGAGAGAGAGAGAAAGAGGAAGGGAGGGAGAAUUGGAACUAGAGGUGGGAAAUAACAGAAAGGAAGGACAGUGUUACACAGAAAAGAGAAGGGCAGAGAAAGGGGAGAAGAGAGAGAGAGAGAGAGGGGAAGAGAGAGUGUGAGAGAGAGACAGAGAUUGUCGUACUCACCGCCAAGCAUACCUUCGCAGACUUUGAACACAGCAGGGCUGAAUAUUCCCGGGCUCAGCUGAGCAGGAUGGAGCCCAUCACAGGCUGGUGCUGAACCCCGUCUCUUUCUGUCCCGAGUGGAGGCUCAGUGGGGGGUGGGGGGGCGAAGAAAGGGGGGGAGAAGAGGAGGGGUGGAGAGCAACACGAGACGUUUGUACGGGACGUCCUGACCGAAGGGGGACAGAGGGACCCCUCCGCGAGGCGGGCUGCCAUGCUCCAGAGCUCCACGUCAGGAUUCUGCGCCGACCCAAACCCAACGUCCCAAACGGAGAUGGCUCAGGAAGACCGGGGACCCCGCUGAUCCGUCCGGCUGUACCCGACACCAUGCGGACACCGUCGCUGACCCUGUGGCUCCUCUGGGUUUGGAGCCUCUCCGGCGGGACCGGCUUCGAGCGGGACGGUCGGCAGGGGGCGGACGGCGCGGAGGCCCAGCUGGGCGGAGCCAGGCGGAGAGGCCUGGGGGCGGUAUCUAGUGUGGACGAGCUCCUGGAGCUCCUGUACCCCCAAUACGCGCUGGUCCAGCGGUGCCUCAGGGGGCGGGGCCAGGGGACGCCCUCUCGACUCCGCCCCGAUGAGGUCACCUGGGAGGAUCCCCAUGAGGCAGCACUCCACUGGGAUGAUGGCGCCAUCCAAGUCAUCAUGGCGGAGAUGGAGCGCACGGCGUGCCGUCCGCGGGAGGUGUGUCUGGAGGUGUCCAGGGAGUACCCAGAAAGCCCCAGACACGUGUACGUGCCGCGCUGCGUGUCUGUGCACCGCUGCGGGGGAUGCUGCAACCACGAGGCCCUGCACUGCUCCAACAGCAGCCACAGGCUGGUCAACAAGACCGUGAGUGUGUCUCACACACACACACACACACACACACACUACUGCUCCAACAGCAGCCACAGGCUGGUCAACAAGACCGUGAGUGUGUCUCAUUCACACACACACACUACUGCUCCAACAGCAGCCACAGGGUGGUCAACAAGACCGUGAGUGUGUCUCAUUCACACACA